AUGCUUAGAUUAUUAGAAUGGUUGCUUACUGGAUGUUGGGGAGAUGACUGUAACAAAAAAAACUUCGAAGAAAAAACAGUAGAAUAUCCUGGGUAUGACGGAUGGUACAACAAUGUUGGACGACCAGAAUUAGGAGCAAUUGAUACUCCUUUAUUGAGGAGGUGGCCAGCUGCCUACGAUGAUGGUGUAUACAAGCCUUCAGGCCAUAAUAGACCAGAACCAUUAGAGCUGAGUGACAAAUUACUUAGUGGUAAUAUUGGAUCCAAAUCCAGAACAGGGAAAAAUGCAUUACUUGUAUUUUUUGGACAACACGUUGUAGAAGAAAUUUUAGAUGCACAAAGACCUGCAUGUCCACCAGAAUACUUCAAUAUUAAAAUUCCAAGUGGUCAUCGUUAUAGAAUAAAACCUGGACAUUCUGAAAUGCCAGUAUUACGUACACGUUACGAUAGGGAAACUGGACAUUCUCCUAAUAAUCCACGUCAACAGUUAAAUGAAAUAACUCCAUUUUUGGAUGGUGGACUCAUUUAUGGUACCUCCAAAGCAUGGUCAAAUAUUUUAAGAACUUACUCAAAUGGAACCUUUGAUCCUAAUGGGUUAUUAGCGGCAUCUCAUGACAACUUAUAUCCUGAAUAUAAUACUGACAAAUUGCCUAUGUUUAAUCCACCCCCUCCAAUACAUCAUUACAAAUACAUUGAGCGACAUUAUACAGAGAAAGUCGAAAGAUUUUUUAAGUUAGGAAAUCCAAGAGGAAACGAAAACCCAUUCCUUCUCACUUUUGGUAUAAUUUGGUUUAGAUGGCAUAAUCUUAUAGCAAAUUAUAUAAGACGUCAACAACGCAAUUGGCCUGGUGAAAAAGUUUACAAUGAAGCUCGUAGGUGGGUAAUAGCAACACAACAACAUAUCGUUACAAAUAAAUGGUUACCUCAAUGGUUGGGAACAAAUCUUCUUCCAUACAAUGGUUACGAUCCAAGUAUUGACCCACAAAUAGAUCAAUUCUUCCAAGCUGCAGCUUUUCGAUUUGGUCACACUUUAGUGCCACCAGGCGUUUAUUUGCGGGACUAUGGAAGAAAUGGUUGUAAACUAAAACAGAAUUCUCAAGCAAUUAGAACGUGCAAUAACUAUUGGAUGUCAGAGAAUUCCAUUUUUGCAAAUUUGACAAAGGUGGAAGGAAUUAUUGAUAUAGAACAUUUGAUAAUGGGAAUGACUGUUCAAUUGUGUGAAGAAGAAGACCACAAAGUAGUGGAAGACUUGAGAGGUAGUUUAUUUGGUCCACUUGAAUUUUCCAGAAGAGACUUAAUGGCACUUAAUAUACAAAGAGGACGUGAUCAUGGACUUCCAGAUUAUAAUACUGCUCGAAUGGCAUAUAAUCUACACACAGUUAAUAACACAUCGCACUUUAAAAAUAUAGCUCCAGAAAGUUCAUUGGAAUUCUUAAAACUACACAAUUUUUCCUUUGACAAUGUUGAUACAUGGAUAGGAGGAAUUUUAGAAACCACCGAUGGACCUGGAGAAUUAUUUCAAGCUAUUAUACUCGAUCAAUUUCAACGUAUUCGUGCUGGAGACAGAUUUUGGUAUAAAAAUUCAAAAAAUAACCUCUUCACUAAUGAUGAAAUUAAAAGACUGGAACGUUUUUCAUUUUAUGACAUACUGAUACUUGUUACUACAAUGGAUCAUAAUGAUAUUCCACGUAAUCCUUUUAGAGUACCUACAUCAGAUAAGGAAAUCCAUCCUGAUUGUUAUAAAAAUGAAGUUAUUCAGAAGGGUAACUGCAAAAACUUUGAUAAUAUAAGUAUAUCUUGUUACCAUGCUAAACAAAUCACUAUUGAUGAAGUUGAUAAAUGUACAGAGCCUGGAACAUAUGAUUACUUCUACAAUAGUAGUAUAUCUUUUGUUUCAACAUUUGCAGGAUUAUUUACUAUUUUUUGUUGUUUUAUAACACUGCUGUAUUAUCAAUCAAGAUUAAAAUUGAGAAAAAAAAACCAAUAUCAAUCAAAGUGUAGGAAAUCACAUACAAUAACAGAUCAAGCUACUACAAUGUUUCCUGUGAAUGAAUGGCAAGAUAAAAAAUUACCGUUGAGACAUAUAAUUAUUGUUUUUAACAUGAAGAAACAGCAAUUGGAAGUAAAAAAUUACUUAGGACUUAUGAUACGAGCAAUAGAUUUGGUGCAUUGUGAAAUAAUAAAGGUGUAUAUUACUUCUGAUGGCAAUUAUGUUAUGCUUAGAGUGCAUCAUAAUUAUGAUUUAGUCUUAAAAUUUGACUCAGACUAUUUAAAAACAUUUUUUCUUCAAGCUAUGAAGCAAUUUAUUACAGAAUUAAACACAGUUUCGAUACAAAAUAUUGUAAAUAUUACAAUCAAAGAAUUGUUAAAACAAGCAGUUACCAAAAGAAGUCGACAAAAACGAUUAGAACAAUUUUUCCGUGUAGUUUUUUCACAGGCACUUCACAUAACACACACAGAAGAAGAAAUAUUAAAAAUAGAUUCAGCAGUGGCAAAAGAAGUAAUUUACACUGAAUUAACGUUAAUAGAAUUUUCUGAAGCACUAAGUAUGAGACCAGACUCGGAAUUCAUCAAAAAGAUAUUUAAUUUAGUUGAUAAAGAUAAAAACGGUUUCAUAUCAUUUAGAGAAUUUCUUGAUAUGUUAAUUAUAUUUUUGAAAGGUUCUGUAGAAGAAAAAGUAAAACUAAUGUUUGAUAUGUAUGAUAUAAAUGGAACAGGGAGAUUAAAAAGGGAAGAUUUUAAAAAUAUGUUAAGAUCACUCAUGGAAACAGUUAAUGCAGAUGUAACUGAUAAUAAUUUAGAAACUUUAGUGCAAUCAAUGAUGUGUCAUGCAAAUAUAGCAACAAAGGAAACUAUAAGUUUGCAAGAUUUUCAACAAAUCCUUAGUGAUUUUGAGAAUAAAUUAAACUAUGCAGAAUUAGAAUUUAAUAUAAAUACAGACGGAAAACAUAAAAAAUUACAUAUUGGAGCAUCUACGUUCAAAUCAACUUUUGUGGGAAAAGUACAGAGAACAAUAGAAAGUUUAUAUGCAGAUCCAAAUGAAUUACGAACAAGAAUCGGUGGUAACAGUGAAAUGAAAUCAAAUAUAAAUCAAGAAAAAAGUAAUAAUAUACAUGAAAAUGAAAAAAUUGUUGAACAUGUUCCACAUUCUCAAUAUUAUUGGUGUCCUUCAAUGAAAUAUCUUGCAAAUAAAAAAUUACAAAUAUUUUGGCUAUGUUUGUAUACCUUGAUUCUUCUUGGUACUUUUACAGAAAGAUUUUAUUAUUACUCUAUAGAACAAGAACACUUUGGUUUAAGACAUAUUUUAGGAUACGGUUUAGCAAUUACUAGAGGUGCAGCAUCUGGAGUAAUGUUCACAUACUCAAUACUUCUAAUUACAAUGUGUCAUAAUACAAUUACAAUUUUAAGAGACACUAUUUUACAAUUAUAUAUACCUUUCGAUUCUAUGAUUGAAAUGCAUAAAUACAUUGCUUGUUGGGGAUUAUUUUUUACAGUACUUCAUAUAAUUGGUCAUGGGUUUAACUUCUAUCAUAUUUCAACCCAGAAUACUGAUGACUUAACGUGUUUGUUUCCUAAUUACUUUCAUGCUACACAUGAAUUGCCUAAAUUCCAUUACUGGUGUUUUCAAACGAUAACAGGAUUAACAGGAAUUCUUUUAACUAUAAUAACAGGAUUAAUAUACCUGUGCUCUUUACCAAAUAUACGCAGAAUACUUUAUAAUUGGUUUUCAAUGACACAUUCUUUAUAUUAUAUUUUCUAUAUUUUACUAAUAUUACAUGGAGCAGGAAGGCUGGUUCAAGAACCAUUCUUCUAUUACUUUUUUCUGGGUCCACUAACUUUAUUUAUAUUCGAUAAAAUUACUACUCUGACAAGAAAAACAAUCGAAAUACCUAUCUUAAAGGCAGACAUAUUACCAUCAGAUGUGAUUUGCAUUGUGUUCCCUAAGCCACCCAAUUUUCAAUAUAAAUCAGGUCAAUGGAUUAAGAUUGCAUGUCCUGCAUUAGAAACAAAUGAAUAUCAUCCAUUUACACUAUCAUCUGCCCCUUAUGAAACACAUUUAAGUAUACACAUUAGAGCAGUCGGACCAUGGACAACUAAAAUUAGGAAUAGAUUAGAUCCUACUAUAACACCUGAUCAACCAUUACCAAUGAUUCAUAUAGCUGGUCCCUAUGGUGACAGCCACCAAGAUUGGUACAAAUAUGAUGUAACUAUAAUGAUAGGAGGUGGAAUAGGAGUUACACCAUUUGCAUCAAUAUUAAAGGAUAUUGUAUUCAAAUCAAACCAUGUAUCAAAUUUGGGAUGUAAAAAAGUAUAUUUCCUUUGGGUAACAAGAACACAAAAACAAUUUGAAUGGAUGGUUGAUAUCAUAAGAAAUCUUGAAAAUGCAGAUGUUAACAAUACUGUAAUAUUUCAUAUUUUUAUCACACAAUUUUAUCAGAAAUUUGACUUACGAACAAUAUUACUGUACAUUUGUGAACGACAUUUUCAGAAAAUUUCAAACAAAUCUUUAUUCACUGGUUUAAUAGCAAUAACACAUUUUGGAAAACCAAAUUUUUCACAGUUUCUCAUGUCUGUUCAGAAAUUACAUCCUACAAUUAAUAGGAUUGGAGUUUUCAGCUGUGGAUCACCAUCUAUGAUACAAGCUAUAGAUGUAGCUUGUAAGUCUAUUACUCUUAAUGAAAAACUUAAUGUUUUAUUUCAACAUCACUUUAAGAGUUUCUAA